AUGGACUCUAAUGUACAGACAUUAACGUGUGGCGAUAGGGUAACGGGCAGAUGCAUAAUCGAGCUAGAUGGUGUAUUGAAAUUAUCACAGAUCGUGAUAAAUAUUAUCGGCUUUGAACAUGCUCAGAUUAGUGAAGCACUUGAUAGGGAAAUAGGCAAGGGCAUUCACGAAUUACCCUUUGUCCUUCCGCUACCAAAUGAAGGUAUUCCAUCGAGUUUUAAAGCGACUAACGCUGCCGUCGAGUACUCUAUUAAUGGAAUGUUACACAAGCCUCAAAUAUACAAAAGAAAUCACCGUGUUGACAAAAUACCAUUUAUUGUGGAGGCGCCCUUUAUUUUUCCUGAACUUAUGUUACCAAGGCAAAUGGUGAGCGAAAAGCAAAUUGGUCUGAUUGCCAAUGAUGGAACUGUACGGGCAACUAUUAAUCUCAAUAAACAUGGAUAUUAUCCAGGUGAUAUGAUUCUAAUUGAUUUUAUGGUAAACAAUCGAACGGCACUACAGUUGUUCACAAGCGCUCGGUUAAGCAGAGUAAGACUCUAUAGGGUUGGUUCACAUAAGCAAACUAAAGUGAUCAAGUUUGAUAAGUCGAUUGGUUCGCACGUCAGUCCGGGAUUAGACGGGGCGGGAAAAAUUCUGGUACCCGUUCCGAUGGAUAUACCCUUGUCUAUGGAAGCUACACACAUUUCCAUAACGUAUGAAUUAAGAUUCACCGCAAAAAUACCUGGUAAAAAGAAUUUGCACGUAAACGUGCCCGUGAUUGUGACCAGGAAACACAUGGGUAAUCACAGGUUGGGUAAUCAGGUGUUGUGGUUGGGCGUGUGGGAGGUGUGGGACGUGUCGGACGUGUUGGUCCUAUAG